AUGGAGAGUCACUUUUACCCUUAUGGGAAAUCAUCGCGGAAGCCGAGAGGACGCCGACGGACUGAUUGCGAUGUGGAUGAGACCGCAGGUGAAAGUAACACCCAAACCGACUCAGAAGAGACAGAACGGUUCGAUGAAUAUGGUUACCCCUCUGCCACAGGAUAUACUAUCGAUGAAAUGCUACAGAGAUUCCGGCAAUGGGCUAGUAAGAAUGGCAUGGACCUGAAUGAGCUGCCCGACGCUCGGCUGUACGAGAUGAUGACCAAUCAUCUGCACAGUAAACGAGCCACUCCUACAAGUCAAGGGGAUGAUGAAUGGGAACUCCCUCCUUCCGAUGAUAGCCACCCUGCAGCUUCGCACGACGAAGAGGAGAAACGACAGGCUGCAGAAUUGAAUUCGUACAUAGGACUUCCUCCUCCAUAUGAGCGACAAUCAGCUCUGUCUCGAAGAUCUACUACAGAGCGUCAUCCGACCCGGGGCGUGACAACCCGUGUAGGUGUUCGAAAAAAUUGGGACUAUGAGCUUGAAAUAGAGUUUCCUGAAGAGACUAUCUGGGCCAACUCGCCUACAGGAGGGUCCACAGAUAUUCGCAUUCCGCCAACCAUUAUCGUCUACGAAAUAAGCAGGGAAAGACUUUCGGCGGAAAGCCCCAAAGAUCGUGGCCACCCAUCACGAAGAAGUAGUAAGGCUACCUUUCCUCCUCCUCCCAGGUCCGCAGCACCACGGGCUCCGCCUUUCUGCCACAACCGCGGAGAGCCUGACUGCUGGGGAUGCUGA